UUGGUCUCUAGGAUUUAGGCCCAGCCCUUGAAGACCCGACGGGGAACUGCAACCAUGAACGAAGAAAAUAUAGAAGGAACAAAUGGGUGCAGUAAAGUUAGAAGUGGGACCCAGAAUGAAGCAGCGUUGCUGGCUUUGAUGGAGAAGACUGGAUAUAACAUGGUUCAAGAAAAUGGGCAAAGGAAAUUUGGUGGUCCUCCUCCAGGUUGGGAAGGUCCACCUCCACCUAGAGGCUGUGAGGUUUUUGUAGGAAAAAUACCUCGUGAUAUGUAUGAAGAUGAGUUAGUUCCUGUAUUUGAAAGAGCUGGGAAGAUAUAUGAGUUUAGACUUAUGAUGGAAUUUAGUGGUGAAAAUCGAGGUUAUGCUUUUGUGAUGUACACAACAAAGGAAGAGGCUCAAUUAGCCAUUAGAAUUCUUAAUAAUUAUGAGAUUCGACCAGGGAAGUUUAUUGGUGUGUGUGUAAGCUUGGAUAAUUGUAGAUUGUUUAUUGGAGCUAUUCCCAAGGAAAAGAAAAAAGAAGAAAUUUUGGAUGAAAUGAAGAAAGUUACAGAAGGAGUUGUAGAUGUCAUUGUUUAUCCAAGUGCAACUGAUAAAACCAAAAAUCGUGGUUUUGCAUUUGUUGAAUAUGAAUCUCACAGAGCUGCUGCUAUGGCAAGGAGGAAACUAAUUCCAGGAACAUUUCAACUAUGGGGCCAUACCAUUCAAGUAGAUUGGGCUGAUCCUGAGAAAGAAGUUGAUGAGGAAACCAUGCAGAGAGUUAAAGUUCUCUAUGUAAGAAAUUUAAUGAUCUCUACUACCGAAGAAACAAUUAAAGCUGAAUUCAAUAAAUUCAAGCCUGGUGCAGUUGAAAGAGUAAAGAAACUUAGAGAUUAUGCUUUUGUUCACUUUUUCAACCGAGAAGAUGCAGUAGCUGCAAUGUCUGUUAUGAAUGGAAAAUGUAUUGAUGGAGCAAGUAUUGAGGUAACACUGGCAAAACCAGUUAAUAAAGAGAACACUUGGCGACAGCACCUUAAUGGUCAGAUUAGCCCCAAUUCUGAAAACCUGAUUGUAUAUGCUAACAAAGAAGAGAGCCACCCAAAAACUCUAGGCAAGCCACCAACUCUUCCCACUCGUCUCAAUGGUCAGCAUAGCCCAAGCCCCCCUGAAAUUGAAAGAUGCACUUACCCGUUUUUUCCUGGAACAAAGCUUACUCCAAUUAGUAUGUAUUCUUUAAAGUCCAAUCACUUUAAUUCUGCAGUAAUGCAUUUGGAUUAUUACUGCAACAAAAAUAAUUGGGCACCACCAGAAUAUUACUUAUAUUCAACAACCAGUCAGGAUGGGAAAGUACUCUUGGUGUAUAAAAUAGUUAUUCCUGCUAUUGCAAAUGGAUCCCAGAGUUACUUCAUGCCAGACAAACUCUGCACCACGUUAGAAGACGCAAAGGAACUGGCUGCCCAGUUUACAUUACUUCAUUUGGACUACAAUUUCCGUCGCUGCUCAGUAAAUAGUCUUUCCCCUGUUAGUGCUACCCUCUCUUCUGGGACUCCCAGCGUGCUUCCUUAUACUUCACGGCCUUAUUCUUAUCCAAGCUAUCCCUUGUCACCAACAGUAUCACUUGCUAAUGGCAGCCAUGUUGGACAACGACUAUAUAUCUCCAAUCAGGCCUCAUUCUUCUGAAGAAAAUCUGUAAACAUUAGUAUGAAGAUCUAUUUUGUGUAAAACAUGCAAAUUAAAAUACUGUUUUAUUUUGGAAUUGGAUAUACACAUUUGGCUUUAAAAGUAAUAUAUUUAUGCCAACAUAUGAAAUAGAAUAAUAGAGUGGUAGCAUUUAUAAAAAGGGCAUUUAUAAAAAGUUGGUGGUGUAGCAAACUACUGCUCUAUUAAAACUUAGCAGAUUUUCUUCUGAUUUCUAAGUGGGCAGAAGAGUCUAGUAGUUUGUGAGGUUUUUACAUCAUAACUUUGUGAAGUAGGUAGCACUUGACAGAUAUUGAAGUAUUUGAAGGCAACAGUUAUACCAGGUUUGAUUACAAAGAUUGCUGUCUGAAUUGGAGAUUGAAAAAAUAUAUCACCAGAAGCAUCCAACUAUUAUGUGGAAACAGAUAAUGAGGGAAAAAGAUUUCAUUGCAAAUUUUAUUCAGUACUAAAGAGAAACCAUCCUACCAUUGUGCUCCUUGAAAGCAACUAUAAUACUAUAAUAUUUUAGUUAAUUAUUUGUUACAGAUAUAAAUUGUCAUUUUACUGUUAAUAUAUUUAAGGUUUUUAUAGUUAUGCUUCAUGGUUUUUGA